UGUCUUCUUCCUCAGUUCACGGGAUCAAUUUAAGUCAAACCCAUAAGUUGUUAACACCUUUUCCAUCUAGCGAACUCCGCCGUCAACUCCAUGGCAUCUCGCCACCACCACCACAACGCCUGCUCACGGCGCCACAACCACCACAAUCAAACCCCUCAAAUCCCCACGUCUCCACGCUGCUGCACAUUCCGAGACUCUCCUCCCUGCUCCAACCACCCUUCUCCACCACCAGAUAAUAAUAAUCUCCAUCACCUCCUCGCUUCCUACCUCCAAAUCCACCAACAAGAAACACACUUUACUACCCAGACCUGCUCCUGCAACCACAAGAAGAACCUCCCACCACGAGAACACGACCACGUCGUCCUCUCCUGUCUCCUACAAAAAAUCGAUAACCUCGAGUCAUCUCUCAACAAGCUCGCACCUUUCCACGACCAACGCCGUCGUGACCGUGACAGGUACUCUACGACUCUGAGAGACUCAGCGGCGAGAGUCAUCCAAACCCACUUCCGCUCUUACCUUGUUCACAGAUCCGUCUCCUUCAGACAUCUCAAGGAGCUCGCGGUGAUCAAAUCCAGCUUCUUGUCUCUCAAGUCUUCGGUUUCUGGCAAACCCAUUUUCCCGUACAAGGUUGUUUCUCGGAAAGCUACAGACUUGCUCCUUCAGCUGGAUUCGAUUCAGGGUAGGGUUGAUCCAAUGAUACGGAACAGUAAGAGAUCUUUGAGCAGAGAUCUUGUGAGGUUUUUGCACUACGUUGAUGAUUGUGUUGUUAGAAGGUAUGAUGACUUCGUUAGUAGAUCUGCAGUGGUGAAUGUGGGUAGGGACAAGUUGAGAAACCGAAUGGGGAAAGUGUUUGUUUCUUGUGAUGAGGGUGAAGAGUUGGAGGACUCCACGAGUGAUGAUGAUAGUGAAGAAGAGGUCUCUGUUGAUAAGAGGAAGAAGACUGAAUCAUCCUCCAUUUUGAAAGGCAAUCCUGUUAGGAGAAGAACCAUGGUAUCUGGCAAGGACAGGAAUGUGUAUCAGGUUUAUGGUGGUAAUAAGCAUAAUCUAACAUCGAGUGCAGAGGAUGAUGAUUCAGUGGGUAGUGGCGAGGAAGAGACGCUCGUGGUAUCCAGGGAUAAUGAAAGGAAGCAUGGUUCGAGGAGUAGGAACAUGGUUUUGGUGAAAGGAGGUGGUGGGAAGAGCCGGGUGGUGAAAACUGUGAGGUUUGAUGAGAAUGGGAAUGUGUAUAAGGUUUAUGGAGAUACGCCAGAGGCGAGUAUUAGCGAGGAGGGAGAUGAUGAUGACUCAACAAGCGGAUCAAACGAUGGAGAUAGAGGCAAGAAAGGAAGUGGGAAUGAAGUUGUGGAAAUCAAGUAUGUGCCUAAGGAAAACGAGGGCUUUGAAGAAGAAGAGGAAGAAGAAACUCAAUCUGAAAAUGAAGUCUCUUCUUCAGAUGGCAGUGAAGGGAAGGCAAUAGAUGCUAAUGAACAAAAGAAGAGGGAGAUGGAGGUUAAAAAAGGAAGCUUGAUGUACACUCCUCCAUUGCCACUAAAAAUGGAACCUUGACCAAGUGGGUCAUCAAUCAUCAUAAAAGAUCUCCCAAAGCGAUGAGUUGUUUGGUUAUGGCUUUUAUAAUUCGAAAAAACACUGCAUUUUAGUAAUUUGUAGAGAUUUGUGUAACAUAAGCAGACGGUUCAGAUUCGGUUUCAGCAUCCUUUAGAAACAUGUGAGAUUUUUUCUUGGUUUGAUGAUUCUGUUUCUGUCUUUUUUUGUAUUCUUGAAAUCUUUGAGUUGUGAUGGUUUCCUUAGUUAACUGUGGGAGUGUGUAAUCUUGUUAUUGGUUUUUGAAAUUCAAUAAGUUAUAUUU